AUGGUUCUUCGAAUACUCUCCAACAACCCCUGGGAAACAACAAGUCAAUCCGGUCUGGUGCACAUCUCGACCCACAGCCUGUUCAUCUCCACCUCCGGCCCCCCGCGUUGGCCCGGCUGCCCCGUCGUGCUCUUCUUCACGGGCGGCGGUGCCCCGAGUGCCCUGGAGAACCCCAGGCUGAGUGCGAAGCGGCUGCUCAGGGAACAGCAGUUUGCCCGGCAAGUGCUUGGGAAUGCACCUCUCAGUGUCAUUUGCGCGGACUUUACCAAGGAAUUCCGAUUGAUCUAUGAAGCAGGAGUGCAAAUGGGGAAUGGGACGUCGGAAGAGAGGGAGCAGUGCACGCGGUUCUUCGAGCAGGCGCAACUGUUCAAUGACGAGCUUCGAGCAGGCGAGCUGCGGCUGUCGGGCUAUAAUCGUUUCAAAAAGGUACUUGACGAGGGCCACAGUUUGCCUGUAACGCGACCGGAGAUUUUGGUGGACGAAGUCCAGUGGGUUGUGGACAUGCUGCACGAGAGAGGUCUAGCACUUUCAAGGGAAUGA